AUGGUGGCUGGGUUUUCGGCACUGAAAAUGGGCAAUCAUGUGAGUCACAAUCUGAAACACGCUUUGCACCACGAAAACCACUCGAAAUCGUCAAACAAGAAGCCGCACGAGCCGCCCCACAAGAAGAAGCAGACUCUCGGCAUUCUCGCUUUCGAAGUCGCCAACGUGAUGUCCAAGAUUAUUCACCUCCACAAAUCCCUCUCCGAAAACGAGAUCCUCACCCUUAAAACCAACAUCUUCAGCUCAGAGGGCGUCAAAACCCUCAUCUCCAGCGACGAAAAACAGCUCCUCGAGCUCGCCCUCGAGGAAAAACUCGAUGAUUUAAACUCUGUCGCUAGUGUAGUUUCCAGAUUAGGCAAAAAAUGCACUUUACCCGCCCUUCAGGGCUUUGAGCAUGUUUAUGGGGACAUAAUCUCUGGGUCUAUUGAUACUAAGGAGCUCACUUUCUUGGUUAAGGACAUGGAAAGCAUGAUUCGGAAAAUGGAGAGGCUCGUGAACUCGACCACUAAUUUGUACUCGGAGAUGGAGGUUAUGAACGAGCUCGAGUCCGCCACAAGGAAGUUUCAGCACAACCAUCACCAGGAAAGCUGGAAAGCCUUCGAGCAGAAGCUGACGUGGCAAAAGCAAGAUGUGGGCCACUUGAAGGAUAUUUCCCUCUGGGGGCAGACCUAUGAUAAGGUCGUCGAGCUUUUGGCCCGAACUGUAUGUACAGUGUACGUCCGAAUUCACUCUUUGUUCGGAGAUUUCCACUCGGGAGGUGAUAUUUGUAAUAAUUCAUCGGUUUGUAGGUCUCAGGUAGGUUUUAGCAGUAGCUUUAGACGGGCGAAUAAUGUUGUUAGCAAGGACUCUGGUAAUUUGAAGAAACCAAUUUCAUCGAAGAAUAAUAACAAUGGGCAUCAUCAGCGAAGAGGGGCAGUUUCGGGAUUUCACGAAAAUUUAGGGGUUCCCUUUCGUCCGGAGCACUUAGGCCCGGCGUGUUGCUCGGUUCCGGGGAGAAUGUUCUUGGAGUGCUUGAGUUUAAAUCAUUCCAUUUCGAAAGUCGAUUAUGAUGACGAUGAUCACGAUCAUGAUCAUGCUACUUACCAUUGUGAAAGCAGCCGGAUUUCGGGCUUUCUGAGCGCGACAAGUGGCAUGACGACGACGACCGGGCUUUCGGGUUUGCUUCUUCACGCCACCAGUCGCGACCACACCACCCCCAGGGGCAAUUCGGUCAAUUCGUCAAAAUUCGGGCCCAAAGGACGGCUAAUGGGCCACGCGGCCCCGAGUUCAGUCGGGGCCUCGGCCCUCGCCUUGCACUACGCCAACAUAAUCAUUGUUCUCGAGAAAUUCCUAAAAUACCCUCACCUUGUAGGGGAUGAGGCCAGGGACGAUCUUUACAGGAUGCUUCCAACGAGCAUGAGAAGGGCAGUGAGGGUGAGUUUGAAGAGCUAUGCGAAUGACGUGGCGAUUUACGAUGGGCAUAUCGCGCACGGGUGGCGGGAGAGGCUCGAGAGGACACUCGGGUGGCUGGGAGCUCUGGCACACAACACGAUGAGGUGGCAGAGCGAACGGAAUCUGGAGCAGCAGCAGAUGGUGAAGCGGACGAACGUGCUUCUUGUCCAGACGUUGUAUUUUGCAGAUCGGGAGAAAACUGAGGGGGUUAUCUGUGAGGUGAUUGAGGGGUUGAAUUAUAUAUGUAGGUAUGAGCAGCAGCAGAAUGCGUUGGCGGAUGGGGGAAGUAGUUUCGAUUUCGAGGAGUGUAUGGAGUGGCAAAUGCAGUUCAGGGGUUCGUAUGAUUCUUGA